GUGCCGGAGACCCUAUUGGUCCGCUGCGGAGGGGCGCUGGCGGAGGCUGUUACCGUGGAAACCGAGCGAGGCUGACUCGGGAGACGGCGAUGGUAUCGAUUGUUGUUAGACAGAGAGUUCCAAUUUGAAUGGAAUGAUUUAAUACAGGAAGGAAAACACAAUUUAAACAUUUCAAAAUGACAUUUGCGCCACUCAGGAUUAUGAAUGGGCCUAAAAUGCAGACUAAGAUGAGCACAUGGACACCCCUGAAUCAUCAGCCUACCAAUGACAAGGUCUUUGGAGAAAGAGGAGAAUUACUUGGGAAAUGGUUUGAUAAGUGGACCAACACACAGCGUCGCAAGGUUCUUCUUGACCUGUUUGAAAGAUGCUCUGUCUCUCAGUUGAAGUUUUGUGAACAAUAUUUGCGCAGUAGAGUUCCAAUGGAAGCAUUGGACUUCACCUGUUUCCUUCCCAGAGUGCUGUCUUUGUACAUCUUCUCCUUCUUGGAUCCAAGGAGCCUUUGCCGGUGUGCACAGGUGAACUGGCAUUGGAAAAAUCUUGCUGAGUUGGAUCAACUCUGGAUGCCCAAAUGCCUGAGACUAGGUUGGUACAUCAGCUUCUCACCUACUCCCUAUGAACAAAGAAUCUGGAAAAGACAUUACAUUGAGAUGGUGAAGGAGCUGAAUGUUACCAAGCCAAAGGGUUCUUCUUGUUCCCAGACACCACCUAAAGAAGAAUUUAUUGUGGCGGAUGUUCACUCAUUAUCAAAGGAUAUGGCAGAGCAGAAGCAGCUCACAGUUCUUUCCCCACCCGGGAAAGCUCGGCUUGAACUCCCACCCUGGCGUGGUUCAGACCGACACCCAACAGAUACCAUACGUUUCAACUACCUGGACAACAGUGAUCCUAUUGAGCUAACUGGGAAGAAGAAGGGAAGCCGCGCCUCUCCUGAUCUUAUUCGCCAAAGUCAUGACAGAAAGAAACAUCCGUCAGCAAACUAUAAGAUGCGGAAAGUAAAAUCACUGAUGUGCCGGUCUCUUGACCUUAACUUAAGUCAAAAGUGCCAACUUCGUCCAGUCUGGGCAAGUCGUGAUGCCAUGGGAAGUUUUGUUUCCAAAGAAGAAGUCCGAUCAUUAACCCAAAGAUCUGAGUGGAAUGCUGGUAUUCGACCAGCACCAGUUCGACCUGCAAUCCCAGUAAUGACUGAAAGGGGGCAGAAAGCUUCCUUGCGGACCCAGAAGAGCUCCCCCUCCUGCCCGCUCUUUGAGAGCCAACCAUGGCAAGUCCCUGAAACGGAGAGAAGCUGUGAUGAACAAUGAAAGGAUGAAACCACCUGGAACACCCAUUAAACUGGCCGAGCUGGCUAGCAAAGAGUAGCAACGAGUUGGUGAACUGGAUUUGGACUGUAGUGAAAGAAUCAUUGGAUUGCUAUGUAUAUUAUAUCUAAUAAACUGCA